AAUGGAAAGCAUGGCUUGCAACUUUCUGUAUGAUACAGACCUAAAGCACAUGUUGAGCUUCUUUAGUAACAAUAAAAUUUCAGGCCAUAUGAAACCAGCCGAUGUAAAAAAUGAGCUGGUUGAUAAUGAAAAAGCAUUGUUUAUUGAGCCCUAUAAACCACACCAACCUAUCUUCCUAAGGUUAGACUGUGAGCAUUUGAGAGAAACUGUUCAAGAAGAUUAUAAAAGAAAGCUAUUACUAAUGGACGAAAUUGACUCCAGAAAUAAUGAUAGACAGAGUAUUGUUUCCGGUGGGUUAGACUCCAUCAUGGUUUCAACGAAAGGAAAUGAUUUCCCACUUUACAAUGAGGAAGAAUUAAUGAAAGUUUAUAGGAAAUUUGACUUUGAUGACUAUAGCGGGCAUACUCCUUUGCCGAUUGACAGGUCACUUGAAGAAAUAACUGAUAUGAUAAAACAACACCCGGUUGUUAUCAUUAAAGGGUCUACAGGAUGCGGUAAAUCGACAAGAGUACCUCAAGCAAUUCUAGACGAUUGUCGUCAAAGAAAUGUUCCAUGUAAAAUGAUUGUAACGCAACCAAGACGUAUUGCUGCUGUUACAGUUGCCAAAAGAGUGUGUGAUGAAAGAAAGUGGGUACCUGGAACAGUAGUUGGCCAUCAAAUUGGUUUGGAGAGUUUAACGAGCGAAUCAACUUGCAUUACGUAUGCCACGACAGGUGUCUUACUACAGAAACUUGUUAAAGAGAAAAAUAUGAACUCUUAUACUCAUGUAAUAUUGGACGAGAUUCAUGAACGGGAUGAAGAUACAGACUUCUGUUUGCUAAUUGUCAGAAAAUUCCUACAUAUGAUAUCGCCCAAUAUCAAAGUUGUAUUAAUGUCAGCGACAAUGGAAACUUCUGAUUUCUCAGACUAUUUCUAUUACGUGUCUCAGGGUGAAAUCUUCAAAGCUCCUAGCUUUACAAUUGAUCAGAAAGUUUUCGACGUAACUGAAUACUUUUUAGAUGAUUUGACCAAAAUUUUACCCGGAUCCUUACCUGACUUUAAUGAACCCGAAAUUCAAGACAAAGUUUUACAAGUUGCUGUUAAUUUAAUUUUGGAAUUUGACAAAAUGGAAAUGAAAGAGAGGAACGAGAUAAGUCCUGAUGGUUUGGUGAAAAGCCGUGGUAGUGUUUUGGUAUUUUUACCCGGUCGAUAUGAAAUUAGUCAAAUGACAACAGCCCUAGAAUCGCAUAAAAAUGAAAAAAAAUGGAAUAUUCUGCCUCUUCAUUCGGACUUGACAAUUCAUGAACAACGCUAUAAAGUAUUUGAGUCACGUGAUUGUUACGAAAGAAAGAUUAUUCUAUCUACAAAUAUUGCUGAAAGUUCUAUUACUGUUCCAGACGUUAAAUAUGUCUUAGACUUUUGUCUAACAAGAUAUAACCGAUGUAAUAAGGCUACCAAUAUCACUUCGCUUGUUCUCGAAUGGGCGUCAAAGGCAUCGUGCAACCAAAGAAGAGGUCGAGCAGGAAGAGUCUCGUCUGGUAGAUGCUAUCGAAUGGUUACAAAAUCAUUCUAUGAAGAGUUACCUGAUUAUACAGAACCAGAAAUGACGAGAGUUUCUCUAGAUCACCUCGUUUUAAAGAGUAAAUUACUCGAACCAGAUACGCCUCCUACUGCUCUGCUAGGUUUGGCCAUCGAUCCACCUUACUUGUCAGAUAUUGGUAGAACAAUUGUUUCCCUUCGAGAAAUUGGAGCCAUGUUCAAUGUUACGGUCGAUUCAACAAGUGUUGAAGCUUUUGCAGAUGGUGAAUUGUCUUAUUUGGGUGAAAUGAUUGGCAAAUUACCCAUUGAUGUCAGAUUUGGAAAGCUAAUAAUGAUGGGUCACGCCUUCGGACUUCUCGAAGAGGCCAUCAUUAUAGCAUCCGGUUUAGGUGGCCGUUCAAUAUUUGCUACACCCUAUCAGCAAGAUAUUGAAUCGUAUAAUUGCAAAUUGAAAUGGGCAAACUAUAGCCAGUCCGAUUCAAUUGCCAUUCUAAAUGCUUACAGGACUUGGAGAGAGAAAAAAAAUAGGAAACAAUUUGGAGAGUCCUCAGGUAUGAGAACGAUCAGAGGUAGACUUCGUCGAGACGUUACGAAUAGCGAAAAGGAAUGGGCAAAGAGAAAUUACCUUCAGUAUAGGCAACUUUACGAAUUAGACCAACAGGUUGAACAAAUUAAAUAUCGUUUGGAAUGUGAAGGUAUACACAUUCGCGUGAAAAGGAAGAGAAUGCCACCAGAAGAGGAGCAAAUUCUCCUCAAGAUUAUGCUCUCAGCUUCGUUUUAUCCAAACUAUUUCGUAAAAACUAACGUUGACGAAUGCGAUAUUAGAAGAGAGCUUUCGGGGCGUAAUCCAGAUCUUUGCUGCUUACUUAAAGGUUUACCUUAUCCAGAAGGUAUAUUAUACAAGGAGAGUCUGAGAACGCAAUGUCAAAAACUUUUAAAUACUGAUGUUCAACUCGAUAUUGAUGGAUCGAAAGCGAUAUUACAUUUUCCUAAAGAUAUAAAUAAUACAUGGCCUUUUCCAUCUGUUCUAUAUAGGGCGGUAAAGUAUGGACAUAUCAAAGGAAACAACUUUAGGAUACAUCGAGUAUCGUCUGAAGAAGAGUCUUGUUGGAUGAAACAAAUUGAUGAUGAAAGAGAGCAAUUCUCUCUUCAAAAUGGAUCGCUACGGAGCCCUCUUAUCAUUGAGGCUGACGAUGAAUUAUCUAUACUUUCUCCAUAUAUAGAAAAACUAUCAUUAAGACCGACCGUCAUUAUAAAUUGUAAUUUGUUUUAUGCAAAUAACUUGGACUACGAAGAGGAGUUGAAAUACAUUGAUAAGAUGGCAAAUAAAAGUGUAACAUAUUUAAGAGAGAAAGAAAUUCGAACAGGCUCUUUAGUUGCGGCUCCCUAUUAUAGCAGCGGAAAUGUUUGCUAUUACAGAGCAAAAAUUCGAUCUAUAGAUAUUUCAAAGAAGAUGGCAAGCGUCUUUUAUAUUGAUUAUGGUAAUAUUGAUUUAGUGGAGUUACGGAAAUUAAAAGCUCUUCCAGAUUCUAUAAAAGAAAUUCCGGGUCAGGCUUUAAAAUGCUGUUUGGCGGGUGUUUGCCCUGCUUUCAGUUCAUAUACUCAGGAACAAAAUCAACAUUUUUCUGAUUUAUUACUUGGUCAAGAAUCACUUCCAGUCGUCGGUAAAAUUUAUUCGGUUAUCAACGAUGAGAUAAGAAUUACAUUAUACAUUGAAGAAUUAAACGUGAAUCGUUGGUUAAUAGACCGCAACAUUUGUAAGGAAUUACCGGAAACUGCUCAAUCAAAGAGAGAGCAUGAAAAGAGGUCAGAGUACCAAAAGGAUCCUUCUCAGAUUGAAAGAAAUAAGAACUACAAGCUCUCCUCUAACGCUGCUCUGUUGGUCAAAGAAUUUGAAGACAAAAGAAAGGAUGGGUCGAUAUUUCCAUCCAGGAUCGUUAAACUAAAAGGACCUUAUAGUCCAAUUGAGAGUACAUAUACAAUGAUGACCUCAGUUGGAAGUCAAUUAACAACAGUCGUGAGCCCCAAUUCGGUAAACUCUGUUCCCCUCGACGAUAGCUGGCGUGAGGAUACAAUGCGCAUGAUGGUUGGAGGAGAUUCGAUCUUGACUGGUAGAAGACUUCAGAUGAGAAGCACAACAAUCUUGCCAAAUAUUAGUGGUUUAACUUCAUUAGUUCCACUUCUCUUUUGUCCUUUUGCUGAAUAUCGCAUUAAUAAGAGAGGGCAAAUUGUCGGUGCUAUUUGUGGACUAGGCUACGAGAUAGACACUAAUAAUAGUAUUCAUCCCGAUAACGAUAUCGAAGUGGAGUUUGAUGUUGAAUUAACCGAAUUGGAUUUAGAACUCAUCAAUAAAGUACGUCAAGCGCUUAGUAUAAUUGUUGGUAGAAAGGACAAUUUACAAGAGUUAAAACAACAAGCAAUAUGUCAAGAUAUUCUUCACGAUAACCUCCUACUAUUGCUACGAAACAAAAGAAACAAGCUAAAUUCGAAAGCGCAUAGUGAUUAUAAGACUGGGUUAUGGAAUAGGAUUGAUCAGGAGAAGCUGAUUUCUGGAGGCUACGAUGAUAUAAGUGAAGUUGUGUUUCCUGCUCAUAAACUAAUUAAGUUUUAA